CCAAUUUCUCAUCAUGGACGCGAAAUGCAAGAAGCAUUUGGAGGAUGUGCCGAUAUUGGACGGCCAUUGCCGCGUGAACUUAACUUCGAAACUCGGUACUGGUUCUUCCAUAUCUUCCAUAUCCGCGUCUUCCAACGAAUAUUUCAAUUUUUACACGUAUUUAAUUCCAGACGAUUCGACGGAGCACAUCGAAGCGUCGAGAGCAGGCCUCGAUCAUUGGAAAAGCAAUAAAUAUUACAGGGUAAUACAGUUGAUGCAGAGCCUGCUCAUCGUACUGGUCUUGUGUUUCGCCGCCUUUUUAAUAUACUUGAGCGUGUCGGAUCGCACAUUUCUCAACCUGGACGGAGCCAAUCAACGAAGACAUCUUCCGAUCAACGAGUCCUCCUCAGAGCCUCGAGAGACGAAUUUUCGAGAUGAACAAUUCCGCAAAGACGAGAGAAAACACGAUCGUCUCAGCCUCGAGGAGCUGAGAACGAUAUUACUCUCAACGAUGGAUCGUCGAAAGCGGCGACAUCUCGACGCGAAUCUCUGUAAACAGAGCAUGGAGCACUGCAAGAUCGUGAUGGAUUCCAUGACGAAGAUCGUGAACACCGUGAACAACAGUAUGCCCCAUCUUCUCGAGUUUCUGAAGAAUUUCUCCACGGAUAAAGACACGCCGAAAUCGAAGCUCGUCGAGUUGGUCGAGUGUCUGCAAUGCAAGAACGACUCGAUCACGUUCAUAGACGAGACAGGGCCCGACAAUUUGAUGAACGAGGCGCGCACGAUGCACGAGAAUCGCGAUCAGAUCGAGAGUAACGUGGACACGGUUUGCAAUUUGUUGGACGAGCCG